CCAUUUGUAUUCCUUUAUUUCACCAAACUUGUUCCUUCUGCGUUGUCUGAGAUUUUCCAUUAAAGUGAAGAGCUCAAUCAACCAACUUUCAACAGAAGACGGACACAAACUUCGGCGAUUUUCUCCGCUCCAAGUUUGAUGGAAACAUUAACGGGUGCCCGGGUAGUGCCAGUCCAAGCUCCCCGUAGAAAGUUCUCUUCGCAUUUUGCAAAAUUAUCGUCACUAGAGUUGAGGCGGUAUCCUUGUAGGGGUCGUGUUAUGAUUAUGAACCCACCCAAAUCACUUCGUCCCAUAGCUGCUUCGGUUCAGCCACAGGAGUCAUCAGCUUUAAGUCACAAAAGCAACACUCUUCCUUCUAAAGAGGUCCUUGGUCUUUGGAAAAGUGCUGAGGCAGUCUGCUUCGAUGUCGAUAGCACGGUUUGUGUGGAUGAAGGUAUUGACGAACUUGCAGAGUUCUGUGGAGCUGGGACGGCUGUUGCUGAAUGGACUGCUAGAGCGAUGGGUGGAUCCGUUCCAUUUGAAGAGGCCUUAGCCGCAAGACUCUCUUUGUUCAAGCCUUCUCUAUCCGAGGUUCAAGAUUUUCUCCAGAAGAGACCCCCAAGACUAUCUCCUGGCAUAGAAGAGCUGGUCAAGAAGUUGAGAGCCCAUAAAACUGAUGUCUAUUUGAUUUCCGGAGGUUUUCGUCAGAUGAUCAAUCCUGUGGCCUCGAUUCUUGGGAUCCCGGAGGGAAACAUCUUUGCCAAUAACCUUUUAUUCGGAAGCUCUGGCGAGUUCCUGGGCUUUGACGAGAACGAACCCACAUCAAGAAGCGGAGGAAAAGCAACGGCGGUCCAACAAAUACGCAAGGCUCGUGGUUACAAGGCAUUGGCCAUGAUUGGAGACGGAGCAACCGACCUCGAGGCACGCAAACCAGGUGGAGCAGACUUGUUCAUAUGCUACGGAGGAGUCCAGCUUCGUGAAGCAGUUGCAGCCAAAGCAGACUGGUUGGUCUUCGAUUUUCAACAUCUUAUAAGCUCCUUGGAUUGAAGCCCUCAAGAGAAGCCAAAAUCACUAGAAUGGAAUCUUUGAUUCAUAUUAUUGCCAAUAACAUUUCGAUUUUUAUUUAGACAGAUUGUUUUGUAUGCUUCUGCAAAAACGACUUUGGAAUAAGAAUGUGGUUUGACAAUCA